AUGACCGACGACAGAGGCUCAUCACCCGCCGCGGGGCCAUCCACCCUGCCAGCCGACCCAAGCAUCGACACAGCGCGGCCCGCACCACCUUCAUCCACCACCGACCUCGCACAACCACCGAGCACCUCACAAACUGGCAGCCUCGACGCAGACGGGGCAGCGCCAUCACCAUCUCCACCCACGCAGCGCCAGCCUUUCUACCACGAUGCAGCCCAUGCCGCCUCGACCUCGAUUGAAAACAUACGCAAGUCGCUCCACCGCUUCCCCACCCCCAUCCUCCGCAUCCAGCGCGUCAAUCAGCUCGAUGCAGAGCUCCUCGACCGCGAACUCUCCGAGCUGCUCCUCGACCCCCUCAAAAAGGCGCUCGGCCUCAUACGCUCGACCCUGCCCGCAGACCUCGAGCCGGAGCUCCUCCUCUUCCUCAAGCUCAUCCUCUUCAAGUUCAGCAUCUGGGACCGUGGCGCCAGUUACGGAUCCAUGCUCCAGAACCUCAAGUUCCGCAACGAGUGGGCGCACAAGGGCGGCCUGCAGUCGACGGCGCGUGAUCAGCCCCUCAGCAGGCUUCAGCUCUCCCUCUACCCGCUCCUCACCAUCCUCUUUCCCUACCUUGGCACCAAGCUCCAGGACCGCAUGACGUCCCUCAGCUUCUCCGACAUGCCCUCCAACGACAUUCGCAGGAGGCUCUGGUCUCUCACCGACUACGCACAGCGCAUCUGGGCCGCCGCCGUCCUCGCAAACUUUGCCGUCUUCCUCAACAACGGCAAGUACCGCUCCGUCGCCGACCGCCUCCUCGGCAUGCGCCUCACCUAUGCUCAGCGCACCAUGAACCGCAACGUCUCGUUCGAGUUUCUCAAUCGCCAGCUCGUGUGGCACGCCUUCACUGAGUUUCUGCUCUUCCUGCUGCCCCUCGUGCGGCCAAGACGGCUGUUCAGACGCCUGAUGCGGCUGCCGACCCACCCGCGGCUGCUUUCGCUGCUGCUCGGCAUCCUGCCUAUGGCCAUCUCGUCGCGCGUGGGCCUGUCGCGGGACGCCGCGGGGCGAGCACGAUUCGACAAAAAGGCGAUUUCGCUGCCAGGGCUGCGAGGCGGGCUGGCCGGCGCGAAGGAAAAGGGCAAGCAGGCCGACGAGGACGGGCCGAGUCGCGGGCGGUACUGGGCGCUGCCAGAGCCGUGCUGCGCCAUCUGCUUCGAGCGCAUGGAAAAGGCAGCAGGCGUCACGCUGGAUCCGAAGCAGAUCGGCUCCGGCGGGCUCAGCAUGGGCAUCCCGACGAGCGAUCCGCUGGACCCCUCUUCGGGGCUGCUGGCGCCCAACCGUCCUGCGGCUAGCGGAGCGGGGAGCAGCACGCCGGCGCGGUCGCUGGCCUCUUCGAGCAGCCUGGGCGUGUCGCCCGACGGGCUGGCGUACGCCGAUGCGCUGAUCCACACGGCGUACCGGGUCGAGCCGUGCGGGCACACGUACUGCUACUACUGCAUUACGAGCAAGCUGCUCGACGAGGACAUGGAGGACGAGCUGGAGGACGCCGGCGGGUGGGAGUGCCUGCGGUGCCGUACCCGGGUGCGCAAGGCGGAGCGCGCCGUCGAGGCCGCUGACGGAGAGGCACGCGAGGAGGACAAGGACGAUGGCGAUGGCGAUGACGAUGACGAUGACGAUGACGAGGAAGAAUAG